AUGUGCUAUGCGGAGGAUGAAAAACGGGAGGGUGUACUAGCCAUCCCGGGCGGGAGGCGCAGGGCCCACCCCUCUCCGCUGAGCCCCACCUCACCCCAACCGCCCCCCGCCCCGGGACGCCGUCCCGCGCGCGCCCCCUGUGCUCCCUGCCCUGGGUCACCUGCCGCUGUCCGCGCGCCCCCUCCCCCACUCAGAGUCCUGCCUCCUCGCGCGGGCACGCGCGCGCCGCCGUCCUUUCCCGUCCCCCGCGGGCCGUCCUGGGUGGGGCCCCGUCACUGCCCUCGCUUGUCUCAGGUGGCGGGGUCCGUGGGCGGCGGCGGCGACGCGGAUCCAGACCCGGUGGCCGGCUUUCUGAGCUGGUGCGGGGGUGUGGGGCUGGAGCUUAGUCCCAAGGUGGCGGUGAGCCGGCAGGGCACGGUGGCCGGCUACGGCAUGGUGGCCCAAGAGAGCGUGCAGCCGGGGGAACUGCUGUUCGCAGUGCCACGGGCAGCUAUCCUGUCACAGCACACUUGCUGCAUCGGCGGCCUGCUGGAGCGAGAGCGAGGCGCGCUGCAGAGCCAGUCGGGCUGGGUGCCGCUGCUACUGGCGCUGCUCCACGAGCUGCAGGCUCCGUCCUCGCCCUGGAGCCCCUACUUCGCGCUCUGGCCCGAGCUGAGCCGCCUGGAGCACCCUAUGUUCUGGCCGGAAGAGGAAUGGCGGCGACUGCUGCAGGGCACAGGCGUUCCCGAGGCCGUGGAGAAGGAUUUGGCCAACAUUCGCAGCGAGUACUAUUCCAUCGUCCUGCCCUUCAUGGAAGCCCAUCCCGAACUGUUCAGUCCCUGCGUUCGCUCCCUAGAACUCUACCAGCAGCUCGUGGCUCUAGUGAUGGCCUACAGCUUUCAGGAACCACUGGAGGAAGAGGAGGAUGAAAAGGAGCCAAAUUCCCCCUUGAUGGUGCCUGCUGCAGACAUACUAAACCACUUAGCUAAUCACAAUGCCCAUCUAGAAUACUCACCAGACUGCCUUCGGAUGGUUGCCACCCAGCCCAUUCCUAAAGGCCAGGAGAUUUUCAACACUUAUGGGCAAAUGGCUAAUUGGCAACUGAUUCAUAUGUAUGGUUUUGUUGAACCAUAUCCUGGCAACACUGAUGACACAGCUGACAUUCAGAUGGUGACAGUUCGUGAAGCAGCAUUACAGGGAACGAAAGUUGAAGCUGAGAGGCUCCUACUACAUGAGCGCUGGGAUUUCUUAUGCAAACUGGAGAUGGUCGGGGAAGAGGGAGCCUUUGUGAUCGGGUGGGAAGAGGUGAUAACUGGAGAGGAGUUGACCACCACACUCAAGGUACUGUGCAUGCCUGCUGAGGAGUUCAGAGAGUUUAAAGACCAGGAUGGAUGGGACGACAAUAACAGGGAAGAGGACAGCCUGACAAUCACAGAUAUCCCUAAGCUGAGAGCAUCAUGGAGACAGCUUCUUCGGGACAGUGUUUUGUUGACCCUGCAAAACUAUGCCACAGACUUAAAAACGGAGCAGGAUUUACUCAAUAAUAAGGAGGCAUAUGCCAAACUCAGCUGGAGGGAACAGCAGGCUUUACAGGUUCGCUAUGGUCAGAAGAUGAUCUUACAUAACUUGUUGGAACUGACAAGUUAGUAGGCUGCCCUGCUUGCUGCCUGAAGGAACAGAGAUGAUAACAAUUUUACUGUAAGCUAAUAUUCAUUGAUGCUUCAAAAGAAGGAAAAUCUGGAUCUUGCUAUUCUUAUUAAAUAUCAAAAGGAGAAGUAGCAAAAGGGGUUAUCCUGGCUGGGAUUCACUCUGAGUAUGGGUAACAUGUAAAAAGACUUGGGACAGCAGACUUAGGAACCACUGCUAAUUGUUAAACUAAGAACAAAAUUUUUGGCUGUUUUGUUGUUUUAACCAAAGCAGGAAUGUAGUAGUAAUAGGCCUUCUCAUAUUCUAGCAUUUAAUAACAUGGACUUUAUAGGUAAAAAAAAUAUAUAGGUAGAUAGACCAAAAAACCAAACCCAGUGCCGUUGAGUCGAUUCCAACUCAUGGCGACCCUAUAGGACAGAGCAGAACUGCCCCACAGAGUUUCCCAGGAGCGCCUUGCAGAUCUGAACUGCCAACCCUUUGGUUAGCAGCUGUAGCACUGAACCACUAUGCCACCAGGGUUUCCUAGGCAGAUAGAGCUGGUUCAAAUCUGGGUCUACUCUGAGUUACCUAUUUUUUUUUUUUUUUUAAGACUCUUCCACUUCCUGUUUAAGGACUCAGUAAGCUAUAAAACUGGUACAGAAUGAGCACUCAGUGAUGAUAGUCGCUUUAAUUCCACCCUCCAUUAUCCAACUAGCAGUCUGAGGUUUGCUCCAGAUGAUACAACUCCCCCUUGAGGGAAUGAACCCUAAGGCCCCAAGGACAUUCAAGCCCCACUCAUGUUACGACUUCAAUUAUUUAAUUUUGAACUUUUCAUCCUUUCUUAAAACUUGACAGUCAUCAUCAAAGGUAAGGUAAAUUUUAAGUGGAAAAGUUUUAAAUAUAUACCUACUCAUUUUCUUUUUAAAAUUAACAUCAGAGACCAUGAAGGGUAAAAGGAUGUUAAAGAUAAAUGGAUUUUUUGUAAAUUUGUAAUUCAGUUUAACCAUAGAGACCUGCUCCAAUAAUUUCACUGUUGAAAAGGAAACAGGAAGCAAAACACUAUACAAAAAGCAUCUUCCUUGCUUGUUUGGCAUGCCAGAUUAGUGGGAAAGAGUUAUCAGUUCAUUCAGCAGAAAGUCACCAUCCACUUUCUUCUCGCCACCAGCACUGGCCGCUGCUACUGAGAAAGGCACAGUGGACUCGCAUGCGCGACAUGACUUUACUGUUACAGUGUGCGUACACCUACAAGAAGUGGGGAUGCUAACGCCCAGGAACUAGAAAGACUACAAAAUACAACACACGGACCAAUACAUUUACAAAACAUUCAGAAUCCUUACAAAAGGAGCUGUAUUGGUCCUUUUUACUUUUUUGUUGUUAAACUCAUAUGGCCAUUCAGUGGUAAUGGGGAAAGGCAGUUCAUACGGUCUGGUUCCCUUUCUUUCCCCCAUAAUUUACAAGUAUUAGGAAAGAAGGGGGAGCUUUACACCUGGUCCAGUUUCCCUUUAUAAAAAGAACUAUUUCAAAGGCUCAAGGGGUAUCCUCUCCAGGAAAGACAAGAAGCUGGUAAAACUGUUGCUCUCCCUGCACAGUCAGUUUUAGAUUGGGGCCAGGGAAGAGGCCAAACAAAAAACCACAGCACCUUAAUCUUGAGCCCCUCACCACAUUCCCUGGCAUACCAAAUUCCUGCAUGUCCACAUU